AUGGGUAACUGCGUUUCGGCCCAGGACCGGGAGGCGACCCAACGCUCCCAGGAGAUCGACAAACAAAUUGAGGAGGACUCGCGGAAGUUUAAGAAGGAAUGCAAGAUCCUGUUGCUUGGCUCAGGAGAGUCUGGGAAAUCCACGAUCGUCAAGCAGAUGAAGAUCAUUCACCAGAAUGGUUUCACAGAGACCGAGCUCCUGGGCUACCGCACUAUUAUAUACCGCAAUCUACUCGAAUCCGCACACAACAUCAUCCUCGCCAUGCGCAAGAUUGGCGUCGACUGUGAGUUGCAGGAGAAUCGCGCGCGAAUAGACAGCAUUCUCGACUAUGAGGUCCUGGCAGACCCCGACUUUGACUUUUCUGAGGAGAUGGCGAGGGCGAUUUACGAGCUGUGGCAGGACCCCAUCAUUAUUACUAUCAUGGACCACAGUAGCGAGUUCUAUCUUAUGGACAGCGCAAGCUACUUUUUCACAGAGGCUUUACGAAUAGGGACGCGAGAUUACGUGCCGACUGAGACGGACGUUCUCAGAGCCCGUGCCAAGAGUACGGGCAUCACAGAGACGCGAUUUAGUCUUGGUCCAUUAUCAAUACACAUGUUUGACGUCGGUGGCCAACGAUCAGAGAGGAAAAAAUGGAUACACUGUUUCGAGAGUGUAACGAGUAUCAUCUUCUGUACGGCGCUAAGCGAGUACGACCAAGUUCUCUUGGAAGAACGGAGUCAGAAUAGAAUGAAGGAAUCUCUCGUUCUGUUCGACUCAGUGAUAAACUCACGGUGGUUCCUGCGCACAUCAAUUAUCUUAUUCUUGAACAAGAUCGAUGUGUUCAAGAGUAAACUACCGAAAGUUCCUCUGGAGAAGUACUUCCCCGAGUAUACUGGCGGUCCCGACAUCAACAAGGCUGCAAAGUAUAUUCUAUGGAGAUUUAUGCAGGCUAACCGUGCGCGACUGAGCGUAUAUCCACAUCUGACGCAGGCGACAGAUACGACCAACAUCCGCUUAGUGUUCGCAGCAGUCAAAGAGACGAUUUUGCAAAACGCUCUCAAAGAUUCUGGGAUCUUGUAG